GACCACAGACGUCAGGGCGUCAGAGCGAACUUCCAAAAUGGAGCCGAUUAGGGCCGUGAAACCUUGGACCCACAACAAGUCGACGCUCCUGCUGGUCGGCGGGGCAGCUGCCGCAGUUGCAGUGGCUCUGGGCGUCGGAUAUAAAUACCUGCAAAAGUCUGAAAGGCAUUUGCGUGUGGGCGUCGUGUCGCAGCUCCUCGUCCACCCGCUCAAGUCCGGAAAAGCGGCGUCAGUACCGGUCGCCGAAUGUCUCAAGAUAGGCCUUAAAUACGGCCAAACGCCGGACCGCCACUGGAUGGUGGUGACGGAGGACGGCCACAUGGUGACGGGCCGCCAGGAACCUCGUCUGGUUCUGGUGUCUUUGACAUGCGAGGGAGGUGACGUGUGCCUGAACGGGCCCGACAUGGCCGAGCUGCGUUUCCCCGUCAAGCAGCCCGACAACACUUUAUUGGACUGCAGAGUGUUCGGUGCCGACAUCCCGGGGCGUGACUGCGGCGACGAAGCGUCCCGUUGGUUGGUCUGCUAUCUGAAGGCGAAGAACCUGGUGCAAUUUGAACCCCACAUGAGGGCCAGGAGGCCGACGGACACAGUAUCUGUCUACUUCCCUGAUGACAAAGUGGCGUAAACUGACAGCGGUCCGGUCAUGCUGCUCUCUGAAGCAUCUGUCAAGGACCUGAGCGACAAGAUGAACAAGGACCUGACGGUGGAGCGCUUCCGGCCCAACAUCGUCAUCGGUGACUGCGAGGCGUUUGCCGAAGAUUCAUGGGAAGAGAUCCAGAUUGGCAGCGUUCGUCUGCGGUGGGUGAUGUCAUGCGGGAGGUGCAUUUUCACCAUGGUGGACCCCAAAACUGGAAUCAGCAGCAGAAAGGAGCCUCUUGCAACUCUGAAGAGCUACCGAAUGUGCAAACCCGAAGAGAAGCACAUCUACAAGUCUGCGCCGCUGUUCGGGCAACUGCUUAGCGUGGAGAAGCCCGGCGUGAUCCAGGUGGGCGAUCUCGUCUACCAAGUCAGCCGCUGAUGAAAAAGAAACGCCAACGACAAUUGAUGCACCCAAGAAUGCAAAGCCCCAAUUAU